AUGGCCGUGCAAUCUGACUCUGGCGGGAAGGACGAUGUGAAGACACAGUUUGUGACGCGCGAGGGGACGUAUCGAUUGAUGACUCUGUCGGAGUAUUCGAGGCCUAAUCGUGUGGGAUACACAAGUGGAUCAGGUUCCACUCAUGUACGCGUGUCACUGGUCACGCUGCCUCCGGGGCCGGGCGGAGGAGCACCCGGGUCGGACGGACAAGGCUCCGAUGACAGAAUUUGCUUCAAUCAUGGCAAGGAGUUGUAUGUUUAUGUGUAUAGAGGUGUUAAAAAGGCUGCAGAUCUCACUAAACCAGUGGACAAGAAGAUGUACAAGGGUACGAACCCAACUUGCCACGACUUCAACAAUGUCACUAUGACGUCGGACAGUGUUUCAUUAGUAAUAGGAUUUUCAACUGGCCAAAUUCAACUCAUAGACCCUAUUAAGAAGGAAUUAAGUAAAUUGUAUAAUGAAGAGAGGUUGAUAGAUAAGACACGAGUGACCUGUAUUAAGUGGGUGCCGGGCUCCAGCAAUCUUUUUAUAAGUGCACACGCCUCCGGCCAGCUCUAUGUUUACAAUGAAGAGCUAACCUGCGGUACCACGUCACCUCAUUACCAGCUUUUCAAGCAGGGGGAGGGGUAUUCCAUUCAUACAUGUAGGACUAAAUCAACUAGGAAUCCACUGUAUAGGUGGGUGAUAGGUGCAGAGGGUAGUUGUAUAAACGAGUUUGCGUUCUCUCCGUGCGGGACCAACUUGGCCGUGGUGUCGCAGGACGGCUUCCUGAGAGUUUUCCACUACGACACCAUGGAGCUGGUGGGGCGAGCGCGUUCAUACUUCGGAGGCUUCCUUUGCGUGUGCUGGGCACCGGACGGCCGCUAUGUUGUCGUCGGUGGUGAAGACGACCUCGUCACCGUGUGGUCACUCGGGGAAAGGCGUGUGGUUGCGCGUGGUCAGGGCCAUCGUUCCUGGGUGUCCGUAGUAGCCUUCGAUCCCUACGUGGCUACGCUGUCAGAGCCCGAACGCGAGCCCGGAGCACAGUGUUACCGCCUCGGUAGCGUCUCCCAGGACACUCAGCUGUGUUUGUGGGACUUAACCGCAGACGUGCUCCGACCGCCGGUUAGAACGCGCGCCUCGGCUCACCUAUCACCUAAUGGAGCUCCGCGCGGCACCGGCUCCCCGCCCAAUCCCGCUCCGCCCCCUACACGCACUAAAGAAGAGGGUUCUGGAUCGUUGGGAGCGCAGUUCACUCAGAGGCUGGGGUUUUCGUUCGGAGAACGUCGGUCGGAGCAUCGAAGACACGCGAGCGGCACGCGGCCGGCGGAGAAACGCGACUGCGAUCCGCUGCGUUUGAUAGGCACGGCGGCGUGUCCCCGCUUCGACGAGUGCCCGGUGCUGGAGCCGCUGGUGUGCAAGAAGGUGGCGCACGAGCGGCUGACGGCGCUGCUGUUCCGCGCCGAGUGCCUGGUGACGGCGUGCGCGGACGGCUGCGUCAACACGUGGGCGCGCCCGCCGCACGACCGCCGGCGCGAGCGCGAGCGCGACCGCGAGCGCCUGGACCUCGUCGACUAG